AAUGACCUAAAAACGUUGACGUGCGUAGACUAGACGAAAUGACGAAAGGGGUCUCAUUCAGUGAGUUGCCAUUGCCAAGAACCUUCUUGUUCUCUCUCUACCACUCACUUCUAGCAGAAUAUAACUAACUGUGUGAGAUUACAAGAGGAAUUCGCUAAAGCAACGAAGCAGAGAGAGACUGAGAGAAGAAAGAGAAGAGAGAGAGACAGAGAAGAAGAAAGAAGAGCAGAACAAGUUUUGAUAAUUGUUAUAUGAUUGUGCACAAGGAUGGACCUAAAGGUGUAGAUGGGGCGACCGCACUCUCAAAUUAAAAAGGAACAAAGUAUCAUGGCUUGGCAUCCAUACAAAUUAAAGAGGAAAUGGGAUGAAUGGAAUCUCCGUGUAACUGUUCUUGUCAGUCUCUUCUUUCAGAUAGUGUUGAUUUUCCGUGCACCAUCACGAAAACGUACAGGAGGAAGAAUUGUAACCUUGACGAUCUGGGCAGCGUAUCUUCUUGCGGAUUGGAUUGCAGCCUUUGCUGUUGGACUCAUCUCCAAUGGCCAAGGUAAUGGCUGUGACGUGCAUCCCUUAAACGAAGACCUUGCUGCCUUUUGGGCUCCGUUUCUUUUGCUUCACCUUGGUGGCCCGGAUACAAUCACCGCCUUCUCACUUGAAGAUAAUGAGCUUUGGAUUCGACACUUGCUUGGCCUUCUCAUCCAGCUUGCUGCAGUAGCUUAUGUCUUCUCACAAUCAAUCCCUAAUAAACUUUGGAUCCCGACAGUCCUCAUGAUUUUCGCUGGAUUGGUUAAGUAUGUUGAGCGCACACGUGCUUUAUAUAUGGCCUGCUUGGGUAAUUUUAAGGCUUCUAUGCUUCCACCGCCUGACGCUGGACCAAACUAUGCUCAACUCAUGGAGGAAUACUCAUCAAAUAAAGAGGCCCAGGUCCCAGUUAGGAUUGUAAUCACAAAAGAACCCGAGAAAGGAUCCAGGAACACAGAUGAAGAGAAAAACUUGCAGACUGAAAAGAUCGAGGAGAUUGACGUGGUGAAAGAGGGGUACAAUUUCUUUAACACUUUCAAGGGGCUCAUUGUUGACCACAUGUUUAGCUUCCACGAGCGCCGUGUGAGUCGAAAGUUCUUUUUUGAAAGGAAUCCGAUAGAUGCUUUCAGUGUAAUGGAGGUGGAGCUCAAUUUCAUGUAUGAUGUGCUCUUCACUAAGACUGGCGCAGUGCAUGGUAAGAUAGGGUACUCUUUUCGCAUCAUUUGCUCUGUUUUGAUAGUGGUUUCCUUUUGCCUCUUUGCAUCAUUUCAUAAACAUGGAUUCCACCAGUUUGACAUCGCUGUCACCUACACUCUGCUUGUUGGUGCUGUUGUCUUGGACCUCAUAGCACACGUCAAGCUCAUCUUCUCCGACUGGACUGUGGUUAAGCUUAAUAAUUCCAUUAAGCUCAAGUGUUCCAAGGCGGCCACAAAAUUUGUUUAUGCAAUCCGGAAAGGACUUUCAUUUGAUAAAAAAUGGCGGUGGUCUAAAUCUGUCUCGCAGCUCAGUUUGAUAAAUUACUGCCUGAACAAACGGUUCAAAUGGAUUGACACAGCAGCUGACCAUAUCGGACUCAAAGAUUUCCUUGAUGAGUUGCGAUACAAAGAAUACAAAUCUGUGGAGAAGGAUAAACUAAGAGAAAUCAUUUUUGAGCAGUUGAAGGACAAGGCUGCCAAAGCGGAAGAUUCAAAAAUUGCCAAGGAGAUAUUUUCAGCGAGGGGUAAUUGGGUUCUCUCGCAACACUUGUGUCCUCACGCCGAAAUCUUAGCGAGUGUGAGUGAGGAAGUUGAAUAUGAUGAAAGCCUUUUGCUGUGGCAUGUUGCUACUGAACUCUGCUAUUUUACUGGAGAGACUGGCCCAAAUUGCGAUGAAGAUACUAAAAAUAAGCGUGAAAUUUGUAAGAUCCUCUCAGAAUAUAUGUUGUAUCUUCUGGUGAUGAGGCCCACAAUGAUGUCGGCAGUAUUGGGUAUAGGACAAAUCAGAUUUCAGGACACUUGUGCGGAAGCCAAAAAGUUCUUUCAAAAGGGGCAAUCGAGUACCUCAUUAUUAAAGCGAAGAGGGAAAGAAGUGUGUGAUGCGUUACUUGGGGUAGAUACUGUUGUUAAACCCAUUAAAGUGAAGGGGGAUAGAAGCAAAUCAUUGUUAUUUGAUGCUUGCAUGCUUGCAAAGGAUUUGAACAAGUUGAAAUUUGAGAACAGGUGGAAGAUAAUGAGUGAAGUGUGGGUGGAAUUGUUGUCCUAUGCCGCGAGUCAUAUCAGACCAAAUGGUCAUGCCCAGCAGCUCAGCAAAGGUGGGGAGCUUAUUACUUUUGUUUGGUUACUGAUGGCACAUUUUGGUUUGGGAGAUCAGUUCCGGAUUGAGGCUGGACAUGCUAGAGCCAAACUUAUUGUGAACAAGUGAUUGAGAAAGUUAAAAAAAAAAAAAAAACUACGCAAUAAUGAUAAAUUUCAUAGGUUAUUUGUAUGAUUUUCAUAUUCUCUGAUCUUUUUCAGUGUGUUUAAGUUGAAUAGUAAACUGUAUUUUCGUUGAGAAGUGAAUUUAUUUUGUAAUUGUUAAGCAUAUUACUAUCGAUCUUAUUAAAAUAAAAAGUCUAUUGUUGUAAGGUA